AUGUCCCAUUAUUUUGUUCCUAUGUUAAUGAGUUAUUUUGUUAAAAUUAAAAAGGUUUUCAACAAAUUCGUUCAAGUCGGUAGAGUCGUUUACAUCAACUACGGUGCUGAUAAGGGUAAACUCGCUGUUAUCGUUAACAUCAUCAACUAAAACAGAAUCCUUAUUGAUGGUGAACACAUUGUUAGACAAGUUAUUCCCAUCAGAAGAGUCCACCUUACCAAGUUCUAAAUUGAUAAUGUUGAACUCAACCAAAGAACCGUCUUAUUGAAGAAGAAGAUCGCUAAGUUCGACUUAACCAAGAAGUACGCUGAAACCUCCUUCGCUAAGAAGUAAGCUAUCAAGACCAAGAGAGCUAACCUCGGUGAUUUCGAUAGAUUCAGAGUUAUGGUUCUUAAGAAGAAGCUCGCUAGAACCAGCGCUAAGUCUAAGUGA